GUAAAGUGAAAGAGGAGGAUCCUAUAUGGAAGAGAAGACCUUUUCGGACAUUGUGGAUGACAGACCUCCCCGAGCUCAGAGCCUCUCUCCAUCCCAGUCAGUCUACACUGAGAUGGCUCUCAUCAGCAACGCCCUGGCAGCCUACACCUUCAUAGCAGAUCACCCGGAGCACACGGCGCUGUACUUCGUGUGCGGCGUGUGUCUGGGGCUGGUCCUCACGCUGUGCGCGCUGGUGGUGCAGAUCUCCUGCCGCACGGACUGCAGGAAGCGCCGUCCCGAGGGUGGGGCGCGGCCGGCGGACAGCGCCAGCGACAGCAGCGACAGCGACGACUCGGACUGGGACGCCGCCUCGGACCUGUCGGCCCGCCGGCACCGCCGCUUCGAGCGGACGCUCAACACCAACGUGUUCACGUCGGCGGAGGAGCUGGAGCGCGCCCAGCGGCUGGAGGAGCGGGAGCGGAUCAUUCGCGAGAUCUGGAUGAACGGGCAGCCCGACUUCCCCGGGACGCGCAGCCUCAACCGCUACUACUAGCGCUAACUAACACCGCCGCCGACAAACGCUUUCCUCUCCGACACAACUUCACAAGUUCAGCGGUUACUGAAAUGCUUGAAAACGCGUUAAAAGAGACAUGAAAAGUGCAAUAUUUGCUCAAAUUCAUUGCUCACAUUGAAAAACAGCGCAUUGUUGUUAUAUUGGAUGGAAGAGUCGCUGAGGUUUUGCCCUUGUCGGAUCUGUUGAGACUGAUUCACAGAUGGACAUUAAGAGGUUGUGCGACCUCCCCCUCCCCCUCCCCCACUCUACAGUGCUAAACUCCUCUGCACCUGAAUCAGGACGAUCAGUGUGGUGGUGUGAGGAACAGGGGCUGUUUCAGAUCUGCCCAGUCAAACUACUCCGUCUUUAUUCCAUAGGAAGAGGAGUCUAUGCAAUCUCUACCCAACCAGCCCAGUUCUGAAGGGGGCUACAAGGCACAGCAUUAACACAGUGACCACAGAGGGGAGAGGCCAUGAGAGAGCAACAUUGAAAUCGCUCUGUCUGGAGAGCUUUGGUCCAUUAGAAAGACAUUUUUCUUACAGAAGGACAUUUUAAAGAAUAUGAGAAGAAAAUGAUAGACUGGUAACUGGUAGCCCAACUGGAGGCAUUUACAAAAACUACUACAAGACAGCCCAAUUAAAAAUGUG